AGUUUGCUGUCGCAUGAACCUCGGUGGCUUUUACCAAGCAAAGCUUGUGAUACGUAGCCAAGCAAAUACUCGAGAAGUUCGAAUGUCACGCUGGACGAGAAGAUGAAGAAGUUGUGUGGGCUUGCUAGUUACUAGUACUCGUUCGUCGCUUGGCUUCAGUUACGGUGACUGCAAUCGCACCUGCUUCAUCGCCGUGUUCAAACUGACCAUCCACUGCUUACGCUUACGACUGUAAUGUCUUCGGGGCGGUCUCGAGGCUUCUCUCGCCUGUCUCCCGCCUCGACCUACGUCAGGUCCCGCCCGGUCCGCCCAACUCGCAAUCAAGAAGAGACCACAUCGACCAGCACUCGCGUUUUCUCCAGUCCAACGAGCUUUCGACCCAACAAGAUGGACCCAAAUCAACGCCUUCGAGUGGUCUUCGACGAGGACGGGCACAAACUCGUGGAGCUCCCUACUGGCGGACGCGUCGCAGUACCGUACGACCCGCUGUAUGAAGCGGAACGGGCCGCCGCCGAAGCCGCACGGGCCAUCGACCCGCCUCACGAACUCCGAUGCAAAUACAAAAGCACGCGCUGCAUGAACCUGCGCGCCAAGAAGCGCAACGGCGAGCUGCACAACUUUUGCCAAAUGCACCGUGAGCGCGCCAACCAGAACCAGCGCAACUCGGAGCAGCGCAAGCGCAAUAGUAAACAGCCGCGAAGCCGACGGAGCUCGAUCGUCGAUAACCAAGAGGACCACGACUCCAACCAGGGUAUCCUGGAUGAGCAGAAGACAUCCGUCCCCGGAACGCCUCAAUUCCACAUUCCAGAGCCACUUCAAAGCACCGAUGGACCACACCCAGAACCCACGUACGACGAGCUAAAAGAGACCGCCAUGCUUCUGAGCUUUCCAGAUCGAGACCGCGAGUGAACCGCUCAGUUUAGUAUCCUAAAGAGUUUACACGACCACUUCACUUCACUAGUCACGGAGUACCAAACGUCCUAAUACCAACAUGAAAGCUGCAUGUUCGCCAUCGUUACUGGAUCUCAUGACCAGAUCGUUGAGCAUUUUGGCCGCGCUUCAACAUCACAUUUAAGUUUAAUUAAAAACAAACAAAAAACGGUUUAUUAACAAAAA